CCUCUCUUCCUUUCUCUCUUUCCUCUCUCUCUCCCUCUCUCUCAUUACGGAGGUCUUUCGCCCUUUAAACCCCGUAACGGACCCCUCCCCACAAAACGCCGUUACUUCCAACCAUUCGUUUAGUUAAGUCACGUGUCUUUGAAAAUUCCGUUUUUCUUUUUCCUUUUUUGUGUGUUUACGAUGGCUUUGGAGCAGAACCUAAGCCUCGCUCAAAACGGCGUUGACGGCGAGACGGACGGCGCGAGUAACGGCGUCGACGCCAGGCCGACCUCCGUCGAUGGCGACAAAACGCCGAGGCUCCCCCGGUGGACCAGGCAGGAGAUUCUGGUGCUCAUACAGGGAAAACGGGUCGCGGAGACCCGGGCGAGGCGGGGACGCACCUCCGGGUUGGCGUUCGGGUCGGGCCAGGUGGAGCCCAAGUGGGCCUCGGUCUCUUCGUACUGUAAGCGGCACGGGGUGAACCGGGGGCCGGUCCAGUGCCGUAAGCGGUGGAGCAAUCUGGCCGGAGACUUCAAGAAGAUCAAGGAAUGGGAGUCUCAGGUGAAGGACGAAACGGAGUCGUUUUGGGUGAUGAGGAACGACCUGAGAAGGGAGAGGAGGUUGCCGGGGUUUUUCGAUAAGGAGGUUUAUGAUAUCUUGGAUUCCGGGUCGCCCGCGGCCCCUGAGACUCCGGGUCUGGCUUUGGCUCUCGCUCCGGGUCCGGGUCCGGUUCCUGCAGCUGAGAACAUGGAGGAGGGUGGCGCGUUGUUCGAUAGUGGGAGGGUCGCCGCCGCGGAGGACGGGUUGUUCUCGGAUUUUGAGCAGGAGGAAUCAGGUCGGAGCCCCGAGAAGACGAAGGAUACUACGGUUCCUGCUCCUAUGCCAAUUUCAGAGAAGCAGUAUCAACCAGCACCACGAGGCUGUCAGGGUCAAGGAACAACAAACGAGAAACAGCCUGCCUCAAAUCCUGAGGUAGGAUCUGCUUCUCAAGACGGUCGGAAGCGGAAAAGGUUAGCAACCGAAGAAGACGAGGAAGCAAUUGGUAUGCAGAAUCAGUUGGUUGACGUACUGGAAAGGAAUGGAAAAAUGCUGACCGCCCAACUUGAAGCUCAGAAUGUGAAUUUCCUACUGGAUCGUGAACAGCGGAAAGAUGAUGUUAAUGGCUUGAUUGGUGUUCUUAAUAAGCUUGCGGAUGCUUUAGGAAAAAUUGCAGAUAAGUUGUAGCGGAAGGGGAACCUGAAUACAGUGUACAUAAUGAAGUUCUCUCCAACGCCCAUAGAUAAUAGCGGAGGCCGAAGAAUUGGAGGACAAGAUUCAAUUAUUUAUCUAUAGAUGACAUCCAGUAUGCCAUUCAAAUCUGGUUUUUUUUUUUUUUUUUUUUAAAUUUUUUUUUUUUUUAAAUUUUUUUUUGUUCUUUUCUUUCUAUAUAAAUCUUCUUUAUUUGCCACUUGUGUGGCGUAUCACUGCAGUAUAGGUUCCAUAUACAGAUUUUGGUUAUAGAAAUUUCAGACGAGUCGUCGAGUACCGCCUUUCUGCUGCUUUUCUGUUAUGUACCUCCAGUUUUAUAUGGAUUAUCCCGUGAUUGUUUCGGUUUGUACAGUUUAUUGAAACUAUAGCAAGCAGCUGCAUGAGACUAA